ACGUUCAUUCGAAGAGCGUAGUAACGUGACACGCGGCUAUCACAUGUGGUGUAUAUCCCUGAAAAUACCGCGACGUGGGCAACGUGAACAUCUGUGUUGUAGGCGGUUUUGACAAGCCGAAGAACAAGGAUGGACGUGCUCAAAGUACAAAAUCCGGACCUCGUUCAGGCCAUCGAAUGGACCAAGGAGACAAUCGAGACGAUGAUCACGAGGUCGUUUACGAAUGCUGCUGUGCGACGAUCAAUAUGGAGCAAUGCCCCGGUUAAGCAGCACCCUCUCAAGGACGUAUUCUUCACCGUCAAGGGAGACACGCACGUAGAGUUGACGAACCUCAAACUUCUGCGUGAGCCGGAUUUCCGGUUUACCGAUGUGACCGCGCGACUAGAGUUCCUUUUCUUGGCAGCUGAAAUUGACGUCGGUGAUUUGGAGGUAUCGGGAGAAUUUUUCGUGCAAAACACUGCCCUGAACGCUUUUCUGCCUUUGACCACAUCUGGUCAAAUCUCAAUAAUUUUCAAAAAUGUUAAGGCGAAAGGGUCAAUCGGAGUUUAUCCAAUAGAGGACUGUUUCCUGACCAACAAGGGUUACGCCAUCGAGUAUAAACCAGAGAAAGUCCUUAUAAAAACUACGUACCGCGAUGGCGAGGACGAGAUAAGCGGUCAACUCGACAAGGAUGAACUUUCUGAUACCUUGGGUGCUCACUUGUGGAUGGAUCUCACCAGUCGCUUGAAUCACUUGCUCAAAAUGGAGCUCGAUGAAGUUAUCGUUGAAUUAUCUGCCUGCGAUCUUCUCCAAGGGGAGUCUGAUUUAGUCGAUGCUAUAACGGCGCACAGCAAAUCGGUGAACGUGGUGACGAACGAUAUAUUCGACAAAAUUGUCGCCAACGCGAACAACCGAGUCAACGAACUCAAGAUCUCGACCAUACCGACACCGGACAUCGACGCUUCUUUCACCAAGAAAUUGGCUGGAGUCGUGACGACGGGUCGUUUUACCGCGAGUAAUGGCACCUUCCAGAAUCUGGCCACGAUAUCCAGGAAGGGGAACGUCAGCAUUGCUGUCGAGGAUGGAAAUAUCGUUAUAUUUGGGACUGUCGGUCUCGCCGAGCUCAAGAUUUCUUACGACCAUUACGAGGCAAAGUUGAUGGAUAUUGGACCGACAGGAACUAUACAGACAACCGUUGGUCGUAAUGAGGCUCUCUUCAAGUUUGUCCUCGAUAAAAAGGACCAGGACGUUAAGAUCCGUUUAGUGGAUUUCAAGAUCACAAACAUCAGUGACGUCGAAGCCCAUGUAACGGGUCUGGGAGGUCUGAAUUGGUUGGCGUCAAAGAUUUCAUCCUGGAUGGCAAGCACCCUGCGAUGGAAAGUCGCGCCAGUCGUCGAGGCAAGAGUCAAAGAAAACAUCGAUAGAGUUCUGGAAGAUUUCAACGUCAGUGCUUUGCUCAACAAAUGACUAUUCGUGUAUCGGGGUAUCGCAGCCGACGCGACGACCGAAAGGACAGUUGCACUCGCCGUGGAUACACCGAGGAAUAACCCAUAUUUUUACAGCGACAUUUUCAAUCUGAAUUUCUUUUUUUGAACUUAUUACGUCACCCGCUUAUUAUAGGCUGUACAAAAACUGAGCAUUUCAUUCUAUCUUGGAUUGAGAUGUAAAGAAUUUUCGAAAACGAUUAAUUAGAUACACCUUAAACCAUAGAGCAGGAUUAAUUGGGGCAGCGGUGUUAUUAAUCAACCAGGAAACUUUUGAGCUUGGCACGAUUUUAUCGCAGGUUUUUACUCGUAGUUUCAACGAAACUCUCGAAUUCAUUUUAUUGUUAUGUUAUUGUUAAAAUUGUUAUUAGUAUUAUUAUAUUCACUCUACUUUACCUACUAAGCAAUUAAUUUGCCUGUUUUAAUUUGUUUAAUCCGUCUUAUUAGUAUUCAUGUCCAUAUCUAUAUCUUCUGUAAGUAUUCUAACUCUUCGUUAUGAGUUAUGUUUAACGAAUACGUGAUUUUUUCACGCGUACUUUAAAACGAAGAGAUAAUUUUGAAACUUAUGUUGAUAAUAUAUUAUAUAGUGAAUAUUUGAGAUCCCAAGAUAUCGAUGUAUUACAUAUAAAAAGAAUUUAUAUAUUUUUAAUUUAUACAACCCUUAUGAUAAUUUUCUUGUUGAGUUUUGCAUUUCUAUAAUGCGGUUUGUGAUGAAUUGUUAGGAUAGAUUGUUGAUAUACCAAAAUACUUAAUAAUAAAUACAUGAGCAAUAAUUAUUUUAAUAUAUAUCUAAAAUAGUAACGAAACUAUCGGUUCGUUAUCCAAAAAAGCAUUAUCAUACAUCCAUCAAUAUUCAUAAUGUAAUAACAGGUAUUAAUUAUCAGUGCUUCUUGUUCUACGGUAUUUUGCGUAAAAUUGCGCAUGCCAGUAUCUUAUAUGUAUAUAUAAUACAGCUAUGAAAUAUUUGUUUAUGUUAACUCA